AUGCCUGACGUCGUAAUUGAUGCUGCGAAGUGUCUAGAACGAAUUCGAAAACUCUAUGCUUCUUGGCGUUCUGAUGACGAACAAUCAUCGUUAGAUAACAACCCUCUUACCACUGUUGAUGCUGUUGUCAUCACAACUGGUCAAAAUGAAGAUUUUACUUACAGUAAAUCAGCUGCUAUUCAAACAUGGUUGUUUGGUUAUGAAAUGCAUGAUGUUCUAUUAGUGUUUUGUGAAGAAGUCAUUAUAUUUUUAACUGGUGCUAAAAAAAUUAAUUAUUUAAAACAAAUUGAAAAUGGUCAUAAUAAAAACGGUGAUAAAGAAAAUGCACCAGGGAAUUUUAAAUUUCUUGUACGAAAAGACAAUGAUCAAAAACAUUUUGAUGACAUAAUUGAAUUAAUUAAAUCUAGUCGAAAUGGGAAAACAAUCGGUGUUUUUUCAAAAGACAAAAUGGAAGGUCCAUUUUGUGAACAGUGGCAAACACAAUUGAAUGAACAAGAUUUUACAAGUGUUGAUAUAAGUACAUCAGUUGGCUAUUUACUUGCUGUCAAAGAUGAUAGUGAAUUAACACUUGUCAAAAAAGCAUGUGAAAUAACGGGAAAAUUGUACAGUAAAUAUUUAAAAGAUCAAAUUAUCAACAUUGUUGAUACAGAAAAGAAAGUCAAACAUUCCAAAUUAUCUGACAAUUUGGAGACAAUAUUAGGCGAUGAAAAAUACGUGACAAAAGCUGAUAUACCCUUUGUUGAAAUGUGUUAUCCAGCUAUUAUUCAAAGUGGUGGAUCUUAUAAUUUAAAAUUUAGUGCAACAAAUGACAAAAGUUAUCUUCAUUAUGGUGCAAUAUUGUGUGCAUUUGGAAUACGUUAUAAAUCUUAUUGUUCAAAUCUUGUUCGAACAUUAAUUGUUAAUCCAACAGAUGAGAUGCAAAAUGCUUACAAAUUUUUAUUAGACUGUGAAGAAUUAUUAAUAAAAGAACUGACACAUAAUGCACGACUAUGUGAUGUAUAUAAAACAAUUCGUGAAAAAGUUGAGAAUGAAAGACCAGAAUAUGCUCAAAGGAUGACGUCAAAUUUAGGAACGGUUAUUGGUGUAGAGUUUCGUGAAAGCAGUUUAGCAAUAACAACCAAGUGUACCGCACGUGCUAAAAAAGGAAUGACAUUUCAAAUUAGUAUCGGCUUUUCGGAACUGGAAAAUUCUGAUGGUAAAGAUGAUCAAAGCAAAAUUUAUGCCUUAUUUAUUGGAGAUACAGUUGUUGUUAACGAAGAUAACCCUUGUACAAUAUAUACAUCAUCGAAAAAAGACAUAAGUCAUAUUGCUAUUAUACUCAAAGAUGAAGCUGAUACACAAGAUGAUGAUGCGGAUGCUCCUAUAGUUGAUAAAGCAGCAAUUGGCCCAAGAAGAACGGCCGUGUUGGAAAAUAAGACACGAAAUGAAACUGUUCCUGAAGAAACACGUCGGGUAAAUCAAAAACAAUUGCUAAAACGAUUGAAUGAAAAUGCAAAAAUUCGUUUAACAUCACAAGGAGGAAAAGUAUCAGCUGAAAAAACUCGAAAAAUCAAUAAUUCAUAUAAAUCUGAAAAUCAACUACCACAAGAUCCUGAUAUACAAGAUUUGAAACUGUUUGUGGAUAAACGUUAUGAAACUAUCAUAUUACCGAUCAAUGGUACCGCUGCAGCAUUUCAUAUUUCAACGAUUAAAAAUGCAUCGUUAGCUGUGGAAGGUGAAUAUAUUUAUCUUCGUAUUAAUUUUUUCAAUCCAGGUGGUUUGGGAAAACAAAAUGACAAUUUUGAUAAAGAACAUGUUUAUAUCAAAGAAUUAACAUAUCGUGCAUCAAAUGAAAAGAAAAACGACGAUAUAACAGCUCCAGCAAAUAAUUUAAAUCAUGUUUAUAAAUUAAUUUUGGAUGUACAAAAAAAAUUCAAAGAUGAAGAAUCUGAGAGAAAACAAAUGGAGGGUGUUGUUAAACAAGAUGCAUUGACAUUAAAUUCAAGUAAAACAAAUCCAAAAUUAAAAGAUCUUUAUAUACGUCCUAGUCUUGCUAAUAAAAAAAUUAAUGGAACAUUAGAAGCCCAUACAAAUGGUUUUCGUUAUACAUCUGUUCGUGGUGAUAAAAUUGAUAUUCUGUAUAGUAAUGUUAAACAUGCAUUUUAUCAACCGUGUGAUAAUGAAAUGAUUAUUCUAAUUCAUUUUCAUUUGAAACAUGCCAUUGUAUUUGGACGUAAAAAACAAAUUGAUGUACAAUUUUAUACAGAAGUUGGAGAAAUAACAACAGAUCUUGGAAAACAUCGUAAUAUGCAUGAUAAAGAUGAUAUGUUAGCUGAACAGGCUGAACGUGAUUUAAGAAAUAGAUUGAAAUCAGCAUUUCAAGGUUUUAUUGAAAAAGUUGUUCAACAAAAAAAUUUUCAAAUUGAAUUUGAAAAACCAAUUCGUGCAUUAGGUUUUCAUGGUACACCACAUCGUUCAAUGGUGUUACUUCUUCCGACUACAUCUUGUCUGGUGCAUCUGACUGAAUGGCCACCAUUUGUCGUCGUAUUGGAGGAAGUUGAACUUGUGCAUUUUGAGCGUGUUCAUUUUCAACUAAAAAAUUUUGAUAUGGUAUUUGUAUUGAAAGAUUAUCAAAAGAAAGUACAAACUAUUCAAGCUAUACCAAUGAAUGAAUUGGAUCAUAUUAAAGAUUGGCUUAACUCUUGCGAAUUAUGCUAUACGGAAGGUCCUCAAGCAUUAAAUUGGGCUAAAAUUAUGAAAACAAUUACAGAUGAUUUGACCGGCUUUUUUCAACAAGGCGGUUGGAGUUUUCUUGAAGCUGAUACCGAUAAUGAAGGUGAAGGCGGCGACGGUGAAGACGAUUCAGAUGCUGAAGAAGACGAUUAUGAACCAUCAGGCGAUGACAGUGGUGAAGCAAGUGAAAGUGAAUAUUCGGGUGAGGAAGAAGAUGUAAAAGCAUCCGAUGAAUCAGAAGAAGAAUCAGAUGUGUCUGAGGAUGCGUUAGGUUCCGAUGAAGAAUCUGGCAAAAGUUGGAGUGAGUUAGAAGAAGAAGCACGAAAAGCAGAUGCUGAAAAAGUUGAGUAUGAAUCAGAUCAUGGUGAUCGAAAGAAAAAAUCAUCAUCGUCAAAACCCACGAAUAACAAACGUAAAGCUAAUUCCCCACCACCAACAAAUAAUAAGAAAAAGAAAUAA